GGUUUGCUGUGUUGUGUCUCCAGCAAUGGAGCUGGCAUCAACAAUGUCCGUGGCAAUGGCUCUGGCGGCGGCCAUCUUCGUCGUCCUCUGCUCCGUCGUCGCCUCGGCACGUGGCCGCCGCGAGAAGGCCCUGAAGCUCCCGCCGGGCCCGCGGGGCUGGCCCGUGCUGGGCAGCCUCGGCGCGCUGGCGGGCGCGCUGCCGCCGCACCGCGCGCUGGCCGCGCUGGCGGCGCGCCACGGCCCGCUCAUGCACCUCCGCCUCGGCUCCUACCACACGGUGGUGGCCUCGUCGGCGGACGCCGCCCGCCUCGUCCUCAGGACGCACGACUCCGCCCUCGCCGACCGCCCGGACACCGCCGCCGGCGAGAUCACCUCCUACGGCUACCUCGGCAUCGUGCACACCCCGCGCGGCGCGUACUGGCGCAUGGCGCGCAGGCUCUGCGCCACCGAGCUCUUCUCCGCGCGCCGCGUGGAGUCGUUCCAGGACGUCCGCGCGCAGGAGAUGCGCGCGCUCGCGCGCGGCCUGUUCGGGUGCGCCGCCGGGCGCCGCGCCGUCGCCGUCCGGGAGCACGUGGCCGGCGCCACGAUGCGGAACAUCCUCCGCAUGGCGGUCGGCGAGAAGUGGUCGGGCUGCUACGGCAGCCCCGAGGGCGAGGCGUUCCGGCGCUCGCUGGACGAGGCGUUCGCGGCGACCGGCGCGGUCAGCAACGUCGGCGAGUGGGUGCCGUGGCUGGGCUGGCUCGACGUGCAGGGGUUCAAGCGGAAGAUGAAGCGUCUGCACGACCUUCACGACCAUUUCUACGAGAAGAUCCUCGUCGACCACGAAGAACGGAGGCGCCUUGCUCAAGCUUCCGGCGGCGAGUUUGUGGCGACUGACCUCGUCGACGUGCUGCUGCAGCUCAGCGAGGAGAGCACGAAGCUGGAGUCGGAGUCGGAGGCCAGGCUCCCUCGCGACGGCGUCAAGGCCCUCAUCCAGGACAUCAUCGCCGGUGGCACGGAGAGCUCGGCGGUGACGAUCGAGUGGGCCAUGGCGGAGCUUCUGCGACACCCGGAGGCCAUGGCCAAGGCCACCGAUGAGCUCGACCGCGUCGUAGGCAGUGGGCGCUGGGUCGCGGAGCGCGACCUGCCGGAGCUCCACUACAUCGACGCCGUCGUGAAGGAGACGCUGCGGCUGCACCCUGUCGGCCCGCUCCUCGUCCCGCACUACGCCCGCGAGCGCACGGUGGUGGCCGGCUACGACGUCCCCGCGGGCGCGCGCGUGCUGGUGAACGCGUGGGCCAUCGCGCGCGACCCGGCGUCGUGGCCCGACGCGCCCGACGCGUUCCAGCCGGAGCGGUUCCUGGGUGCUGCCGCCGCUGUGGACGUGCGCGGGGCGCACUUCGAGCUGCUGCCGUUCGGGUCCGGCCGACGCAUCUGCCCCGCGUACGAUCUCGCCAUGAAGCUGGUCGCCGCCGGCGUGGCGAACCUGGUGCACGGGUUCGCGUGGCGGCUGCCGGACGGGGUGGCGGCGGAGGACGUGAGCAUGGAGGAGCAUGUCGGGCUAUCCACGCGCCGGAAGGUGCCGCUCUUCGCCGUGGCUGAGCCCAGGCUGCCGGUGCACCUCUACAGCGCGACCGAAUGAAAACCAGGGUCUCUAUAUACAAAACUACUGGUAUUGUAUAUUUGAAAGUCUACGUUUUGUAUCUCAUAAUGUUGGAGUACUAGUCAAUCCGUACAUUGCCACAGUUUCUAUAUAUUAGAUGAGUAAACUCUAUUUUAAUAAGACAUAAUAGUAUGUGUGUACUAUUUGUUAGUUGAGUGUGAAUUUGGAGCUAAAAACCAAUAUUCAAAUCUUCAUUUGUACAUAA